UUUUGAGCGCUAAAUUCAAAAACCGUUGAAAACUUUCCCGCUAAAACCCAUUACUACCGGAUCGCAUAACUUUGCUUUCCAAGCAUAUUCCUUCCCUUUCUCAGAUUUUCUAUUUGACCAAACAAUCGAAAACAGGUUGUGAAUAGAUAAGUAUGCACGGAAGACUGGCAUGCCGCCUUGUGAAAGAAAUAACGACCGGCGAAAAAGGGCAGCUUCAGCCUUUCAAUGACGAGCUGUUAAAUGAAGUAACUAAAGAAUGUAGUGAAAAUUUCCUUGUGCUUCAGUCUUUGAUAAGGAAAAUGCAGGACGAAGGAUUAGAUUUCCAAACAACAAGAAAUGCAGACCAUUAUGGAGCACUCAUCAACCACCUUUCUUUAAUUCGGAACAAGCGCUGCUUAAUGGCUUAUGUGUAUAACCGGGCAGAAAUAAUACAGAAUUUGGUGUGGAAAGUAGGGCUUAGGCUCUUUGAACUUCCAGAAGAAAUUCAAGAGAAGCUCAGUCAUUCAGAGAAAGAGUAUUUUAAGAGACAUUCUGCUGCUCUGGAAUUAUACAUGUCGAAAAUGGAUCUUGAUUUGAAUGUGGAUAUGGUGCCACCAAAAGAUCCUUACAUCAAGGUGAGGGUUCUUGAUGAUGUUGGUGAAGGAAUAGUAGUAAGUGAUAAGGCAGCCAAUUUUGCUCGCCAUUCGAUGCACUUUCUCAAACGAACUGAUGCAGAGCCAUACAUCUCACGGGGUCUGAUGGAAGAGCUCACAGGAUAACCCAAAAGUCAAGUACAACAUUUUCCCAAUAUUUUAUGGAAAUCUAACGGACUUGACUUUGUUGCUUGUUCGGCAUGUAAAUUCUUAUUUUUGCUUAAUCAUACAUGUAACCUGAGUGAGGAAGUUGAGCUGCUUUCUCAUUCUGAGAGAAAGGAUAGAAAAUAUAUUGAAGAUGCAAGCUUUUGGAUG